AUGGUGGGCCCCGCGCCGGGUGCCGCCGCCGCCGCCGCGGCCAUCGAGGAGCGGCAGAGAAAGCUGCAGGAGUACCUCGCCGCCAAGGGAAAGCUGAAGAGCCAAAACCCCAAGCCUUAUCUAAAAGCCAACAAUAUUUGCCUGAAGCCUGCACCUUCUAAAUCCACUGUUAGACCCAAAAAGGAUGUGACCAACCAUGGUGCUUUGCCUAUCAAAACAACUAGGCCCGUCAGCCUUGGACUCCAGCCUAGACCCACCAAUGUCCCAGGGGCCCGGAAACCAUACUUGGAUCCACCAAAGCCUGUGGGCAAAAGAAGGCUAACUUCAGCAUGUGCCUCUUCCGGCCUGACCUGUAAGCCUUCCAGCAAUACUCAACAGCACCUGAAAAGUGGGUCAUCCACUGCAAGAAAAGCAGCCAGGAAGCCCGUGGGGUCACUUCUCAGUCAGAAACCGAAAACUGCAAAGCAACAGGUAGCAGAUCAUGGGAACGCUAACUGUGCAGACUCCAUGGACAAUGCCCCCACCGAAAGCGAAUCUUCUGGCCACUUUCUAAGGGAGAUAAACAAAGAGAACUGGCCCCAACCCCUCUCAGACUCUGAGAGGAAGCCAGAUCCUGCGUGCUGUUCGCUCAGUAAGCCAAAAACGAAUUGUCAUGAUCCAACCCACAGCAGGGCGGCCCCUAAAGAAGCUUUGGGCAAAGGUUUGAUGAAUAAGGCCAUUCCGAAAGACAGAGUUAACAAACAGUUGGUCGGCAAAAUGCAAAUCAGGAGUGGCCCCGUGAAAUCACAGCCGGUGUCUCGAGGAGCGAAUCUUACAAGACCAGGGGGAAAACCCCCAGGGACAGUACCCUGUCACGCGGUUAAGCCCCUUAGUCGGACUCUGGCAUCAAAGAAACCAGGGCCCAAGGACCAGGACAGAAAGGUCAAUGGGGCUAAACAUGAAAGGCCAAAUGAAAUUAAGUUACAGUCAUGCCCUGUUAAUGAACAAAAAGCAAGACAUACCAAACCCCGAACUGACACCAAUUUGCUUCAGGGGGCAAUUAACAACAGGCAUCUGAACCGGAAGCCAGAGCAGAAGUUUGUCCAGCCCUGCUUCAGACCCCGGACGCCAUGCGUGCUGCCAACUGCCAAAGCCACUAGCCAGAGACCUUUGACCAUUGGCCGCUCUCAUUCCAUAAUUCCAAGCACUCCUCAAAUAAGAGCCAAUGGGGAAAAGCGCAACAAUACCGUUCAGCAAAGAGCACAAACUGUCGAUGCCAAGUCGAAAAGGGCUGUUCCCCAGAGCCAAUCUUUGAGCAGGACAGCUCCCAAAACCCAGGCUGGCGGCCCAAUGAGAGCUAACAGAGAAGUCGCGAACGGGAGUCAAACAAACCCCAAUAUGAAGAAGGCAACUGAGGAUCGAAGGAAACAGCUGGAAGAGUGGCAGAAGUCUAAGGGGAAGAUCUAUAAACGACCCCCAAUGGAACUUAAGGCCAAAAGACGGGUGAUCGAGGAAAUGAACGUCUCCUUCUGGAAGAGUAUGGAACAGGAAGAGGAAGAGAAGAAAGCCCAGUCGGCACUGUCGAGUAAAAUUAACAGCACGCUAGCAGAAUGCCUGCAGCUCAUCGAAGGGGGUGUGUUUUCUGAUGAAGUGCUUACCAUAUUGUCCAGUAUUCCUGAGGCUGAAAAGUUCGCCAAAUUCUGGAUCUGCAAAGCAAAGCUGUUGGCACGGAAAGGCAGCUUUGAUGUUAUUGGGCUCUACGAAGAGGCCAUUAAAAACGGGGCCACACCAAUCCUAGAGUUGCGGGAAGUCAUACUUCAUAUUUUGCAAGACCCACAGAGAACCACAGAAGGAAUUACCUCUGACUCGCUACGUGCCGAAGAGCUGAUCAAGAAGGUGGAAUCUGAAAAGGCUUGUCUUGCUUCAAAAGAGAGAGGCAAGGCAGGCGAGGACACCCAUCCUGGCAUCAAGUUACAGAUCGCCCCGGUCCCUAAACUAAUUGGAAUGCCAGACAUUCAGGACAUGAAGCUCAUCACUCCUGUCCGGCGAUCAACGAGGAUCGAACGAGCCGUGUCCCGCUACCCAGAAAUGCUACAGGACCAUGACCUGGUAGUGGCUUCCCUGGACGAACUCUUAGAAGCGGAGGAAACAGAGUAUUUCAUAUUCCGCCGAAACGAGGCAUUGCCCGUCACCCUGGGGUUUGAGAUCCUUGAUGGAUAAUUUCUUGAUUCCUUGAGGGGAAGGCCCCUGGUGUGUCCAGUCCUCCCCGCGACAAGAAUUGUCUAUGUCUGACAGACAUGGCGUAACGUGGACAAUGAACACCAGUUACGGGCUCUCAGAACUUUGAGAGUGAUUCACUAGACUUCACUCUGAGGUUUUGUAUCCCGACAGGAAGACCUGGUGUACAGGAUUCAUUUAAGAAUGAAGUUGACCACAGUUCUACAGCAUGCCUAAAUUUCCAGCUACUGAGUUCUAACUCCCACAAGCACCACGAAAUUUGCACUUUAUUCAUCUACUUUAAUCCCAACCUAGCUAACUUUUGUAUCAGUGAGUUGGUGCCAAAAUAAGAGUUUCCCUUUUUGUCCACCUUAGCAAAGAGAGCAUGUUCUCUGACCACGUGGACAGUGGGAGCUUUGAUGCUGGCUGGGACCUGGCAGACCGUGCAGUCAAAUCCUUUCACUGUGCAGACGAGUUGAUCCGAAGCUGGAGCUUGGCUCCGAGAUGGCAAAGGCCUGUGACGCCUGUGCUUUGACUUGCCCUCUCCGUAUCCUUGUCCACGAGGAAUACUUCUCGGCCUUGCAGUGCCAGGUUUCCUCCAGUGAGGCAAACCCCACCCCACCCCGACCCCCGUCGGCGUUUCACCCAAACCUAAUGGAGAAGGGUCGACAGGGUGACCCUGCAAACUUACUUCUGUGGUUGUCAUUCAGAUA